AUGAGUGAUGCUGGGCUCAUCUCCCGAGGACUUCCCGUAGCUGACAGACCUGUCACUUCCCCGUCUGACGUCUUCACAGAACUUCCCGUAGCUGACAGACCCGUCACUCCCCCGUCUGACGUCUUCACAGAACUUCCCGUAGCUGACAGACCCGUCACUUCCCCGUCUGACGCCUUCACAGAUCUUCCCGUAGCUGACAGACCCGUCACUUCCCCGUCUGACGCCUUCACAGAUCUUCCCGUAGCUGACAGACCCGUCACUUCCCCGUCUGACGUCUUCACAGAACUUCCCGUAGCUGACAGACCCGUCACUUCCCCGUCUGACGCCUUCACAGAACUUCCCGUAGCUGACAGACCCGUCACUCCCCCGUCUGACGCCUUCACAGAACUUCCCGUAGCUGACAGACCCGUCACUUCCCCGUCUGACGUCUUCACAGGACUUCCCGUAGCUGACAGACCCGUCACUUCCCCGUCUGACGUCUUCACAGGACUUCCCGUAGCUGACAGACCCGUCACUUCCCCGUCUGACGUCUUCACAGAACUUCCCGUAGCUGACAGACCCGUCACUUCCCCGUCUGACGCCUUCACAGAACUUCCCGUAGCUGACAGACCCGUCACUUCCCCGUCUGACGCCUUCACAGAACUUCCCGUAGCUGACAGACCCGUCACUUCCCCGUCUGACGCCUUCACAGAACUUCCCGUAGCUGACAGACCCGUCACUUCCCCGUCUGACGCCUUCACAGAACUUCCCGUAGCUGACAGACCCGUCACUUCCCCGUCUGACGUCUUCACAGAACUUCCCGUAGCUGACAGACCCGUCACUUCCCCGUCUGACGCCUUCACAGAACUUCCCGUAGCUGACAGACCCGUCACUUCCCCGUCUGACGUCUUCACAGAACUUCCCGUAGCUGACAGACCCGUCACUUCCCCGUCUGACGCCUUCACAGAACUUCCCGUAGCUGACAGACCCGUCACUUCCCCGUCUGACGCCUUCACAGAACUUCCCGUAGCUGACAGACCCGUCACUUCCCCGUCUGACGCCUUCACAGAACUUCCCGUAGCUGACAGACCCGUCACUUCCCCGUCUGACGCCUUCACAGAACUUCCCGUAGCUGACAGACCCGUCACUUCCCCGUCUGACGCCUUCACAGAACUUCCCGUAGCUGACAGACCCGUCACUUCCCCGUCUGACGCCUUCACAGAACUUCCCGUAGCUGACAGACCCGUCACUUCCCCGUCUGACGCCUUCACAGAACUUCCCGUAGCUGACAGACCCGUCACUUCCCCGUCUGACACCUUCACAGAACUUCCCGUAGCUGACAGACCCGUCACUUCCCCGUCUGAUGCCUUCACAGAUCUUCCCGUAGCUGACAGACCCGUCACUUCCCCGUCUGACGUCUUCACAGAACUUCCCGUAGCUGACAGACCCGUCACUUCCCCGUCUGACCGUCUCGCUAACGAAAUAUCUUCGUGGAAGCGAAAAAUAAGGACCAGGCCAAGCGACCUAAAUACACCUAUUUUAUAUGGAAGUGUUAAGUUUAACAUCAACUUUAACCCAUACAAGUGCCAUAUAACCCCUACAAAUCAGGGUUUAUCCCUGGUUUGA